AUAUAAACAAAUUUUUCGAUUUUGGAUUUAUCAAAUUUUGCAUUUGUCUCCUUUAAGCAACAUGAAAGUGGUAGCUGUUUUGUUCGCUCUUGUAGCUGUAACCUUGGCUGCCCCCCAAAACCUUGACAAGGACGCCACUGUGGUAAGAAAUGAUAUGGACAACAUUGGAGUAGAAGGAUACAAAUACGGCUAUGAAACCUCCAACCAAAUCUCUGCCCAAGAAGAAGGACAAUUGAUCAACCCAGGAACUGACGCCGAAUCCAUUGCAGUCAAAGGGUCUUUCAGAUACCUCGGUGCUGAUGGUAUCACUUACGAAGUCACUUACAUCGCUGACGAAAACGGUUUCCAACCACAAGGCGCCCAUCUACCAGUCGCCGUUCUUUUCGCCGUUUUGGCCGUAGCUGCAGCUGCCCCUCAGCAAAGAGGUCCUGAAGCUGAUGCCGUUGUAUUGAGACAGGAAAGCGACAACAUUGGACUUGAUGGAUACAAUGUUGCUUACGAAACCAGCAAUGGAAUCUCUUCCCAAGAACAAGGUCAACUUGUAAACCCUGGCACCGAUGCCGAAUCCCUAGUAGUACGCGGUUCUUACAGCUACAUCGGUAUCGACGGUCAAACGUACAAAGUCGAUUACUUGGCUGACGAAAACGGUUUCCAACCACAAGGCGCCCAUCUACCAGUACCACCACAAUAAGUCAAAUUAUAUAAAAUAGUGUAAAUAAAAAUGUACAAAAAAAGUUAAUAAUACAAAUUUUGUUAAAUA